ACCAGCUUAGUCAAGCUUUAUUACAUAGCACCUCUGUCUUCAAGAAUAGUACAGUUCAUAACGAUCGAAAUCCUUCAAUACCCGAUACUUUUAUCAUUUUAUGUCUAUUGCUUGAGAACAAAAAAGCCCGAAGUGUACAGAAUUAUUAUAACUUUUCAGCACCAUUUCCCAUACAUUGUCUAAGCAACGUUCAUUUAACAUUUUCUGUUUUGCAACAUUUUACUAUUGAAUUUUAGUUGUUUGAAUUUUUUAAUUAGUUUAAUUUGACAACACUACUUUUAUUACGUUUGCUCGAAACUAUAAUUUGCAGCUUGAUUCGUUACAUCCAAACAAAAAAAUAAACAACAGCUAGUCACCAAGAAUUAGUUAAAAAAUGGCUGCAUUGCCACGAAGAAUUGUCAAGGAAACACAGAGACUGAUGCAAGAGCCAGUACCAGGAAUAAGCGCUGUACCGGAUGAGACAAAUGCUAGGUAUUUUCAUGUUAUUGUGACCGGACCAGAGGAUUCACCGUUUGAAGGAGGACUCUUCAAACUCGAACUGUUUUUGCCUGAGGAUUAUCCAAUGUCUGCUCCUAAAGUUAGAUUCAUUACAAAAAUCUAUCACCCUAAUAUUGACAGGCUCGGUAGGAUCUGCUUGGAUAUUUUGAAGGAUAAAUGGAGUCCGGCGCUUCAGAUAAGAACAGUUCUAUUGUCCAUACAAGCACUUCUUAGCGCUCCAAAUCCGGACGAUCCUUUGGCAAAUGAUGUUGCCGAACUAUGGAAAGUUAAUGAGAGCGAGGCGAUACGUAAUGCCAAAGAAUGGACUCGUAGAUAUGCCAUGGACAACUGAUCUCAACCCUACGUCGGAUUAUUUUCAUCAUUCACCGUACGCUGUCGUUGUUUAAAGAAACAAUAUCCUCUUAAGACUUACCCUCCUUUGGCACUGGAUGCGUAAAGUAAACAAAAAAACGCAAAGAAGAGAAAUAACAAAAUACCCGUGUCCUGACACAAUUUUGCUACGCGAACAAUAAAAGUUUUGUAACAGUGAAAAUGAAAAAAGAAAAAAAUCGUGACGGUACUGUAUUUUCUAUAAUAAUGGCUUGUCGCGCAAGUUUCAUGAUUCUUUGAUUCUCGUUGCAAUAUUGUAUGAACGAAUCAAUAAUAUUAUAACGUUACGAAAUAAUAGAUUUUGCUCGAGAUUCAAUACAAGUUUUCUUGACUCGAACGUCGGAUUUGUAUAAAAAAGAGAAGUGAAAAAUUUGAAACGAAAUAUUGAUGCGAAAACAAGGGAAUGCCUUUCGCUCGUGCAAAACUAAGAAUAACGAUGAAUUUCGGAGGCAAUGUUUCGUUACUUUGAAAGUCCUUUCACCUGCAUCUAUCUUUCUCAAUUUUGUUGUUUUAUCGGUCCAUUUAUAAAGUUGAACAGAAAAUAUUUUUUUUUUUUUCAAGAAAAAUUGACCAUAAACUAACCAUUUUUGGAAAUGCUUGAACGAUAAUAGCGACAAACACUCAGAUCUGAAUUUAAAAAAUGUGGAUUUCUUUACAAUCCAAUGGAUACAUUAAAUAAUACAAUUGUUUUUACACUGAUAUGAAUGCAAUUAAGUGUGAGCACAGUCGCUUUCGAUGGUUUCUGAUUUGCGAUAAACAAACUUAAUUUUUUUUUUUUUUUCAAACAAAUAAUGGAACUUUUCGAACGAACAGUUUGCUGUUCUUUCUGAUUGAAACAGAAAUAAAAAUAUGCAUAUAUUUUUUUCGAUAUAGUAAUUCGAUACAAUUUUUCAUAUUCAUCGGUACUCUGUUUGUCAACCAUUGUAAGAGCAAAAAAAUAUUUCUCCAUUCAUGGGUUAUGUACUACAUAUUGAAAGGUGAUUUCGAUCGACUUUACUUUAAUUCCAAUAUUACAUUGCUUUUUGGUAUUUUUAAUUUGUAAUUUUGAUGCAAUACAUUAUAAAAAAUACUUGUGUUAUGAAGUACAAUAACAAAUAGCGCGUCAUGAAAUGAUUCGUGACGUGCAAAGGACAAACACCAAGAAACCGUUGUCUUACAUUUUCUUUUAACUUUUUUAGUUCAAAGUAACCAAAGAUCUCUGAGAUAAGUCGUUAUUUUUCUGAUGCUUCGUUUUUUUCCGUUCCUAUGACAUUGUUCAUGUAUGAGAGUUGGUAGGAGAAUCUUUUUCUUUUUUGUUGUGUCAUUGGAAACAAAACCUGUACGAUAAAAAUACAUAUUGUUUUAUGCGUAUAAUGAAACAUAUGAAACUUUGAGAUUUUUCAAAGUAACGCGCGAAUAUACUAGCUCCGAUGGAUAUUUAAAAAAAAAUAAUAAUUAGCUUACUUUUGAUGAUUAUUCCCGAAAUUCGAGUUGUGUAUUUCUAAGAGCACGUUCUCAACCCCAACCUGGCUUUCUCUUUUAAAAAGUUGCGUCUUAUACAAAUCAAUCUAAUUCAGCAAAUUUUUCGAGGCGAAGAACAAGAAUAUUCCAUUCAAUGAAAGCAUUUGAUUUUUUGUUUCUCUCCCCGAUCCUCCUAAUUACUUAUAAAAUAAUAAUUUGAUUGCGCCGAAGAAUUUUCCGCAAUGGCUAAGCUCGUAACUAUUUAGCUAAAUUUUAAACUUAUCAAAAACCCGUUGUCGGUCGUUGUGUGCAGCGGUGAAUUUUCUCAACGUUAUUGUCAUAAUUUUAUUACAAUAAUAACUAUUAUGAUUAUUAUUAUUGUCCGCUGCGGUCGCAUCGUAGAUUUACGCAUUUGAAACUUUUUCUUUCUUUUUUUUUUGUGAUCAAGUCUUUUGGCUCUGCGUUAAAAAAAGAACCGGAUGUAACUACAGAAAUGAUGGAUGACUUCGACAUCGAGACACAAGAUUCGAUGAUUCCAAUUCCAACGAGGUUUUACAAAAGGAUGUAAAAAAAAAACAAACAAAUUUUUCAAGUAAUUAAA